AUGAGUCUGGUCACACAGGACUCCGAAAUCGUUGCUGCUAAACGGCAGCAGCGCCAAGUGCCCGUUCUGGAGUACACCUCCGAUGGUGAAGUUGUCGUUGUGGCUGCCAAUGGUUCCAAGUACCGUCGCAGCGUUUGUGUUGUCAUCAUGAAUGAGCAGGGCUACUUUUUGGGGUGCCGUCGCUACGAUGACCGGCAGGUUUGGCAGUUUGUUCAGGGAGGUGCGAAGGUGCAUGAGAGUGUUCAGCAAACAGCAGAGCGGGAGCUGUUUGAGGAGAUUGGGCUCCCCGCGACCCACCUCCGCUUCGUAGGGGAAAUUCUGUCCUUCACGAGCGGAGAGGAGGCCUGGGCUGCUUUUCGCUACAAGUCAAAAUCGUGGCGGAAGAGCGGCAUCGUGGGGCAGGAGCUUUACCCGCUCCUUUACCUGGCGGACACGGGGAUAAUUGAUGUUUUGCAUUUCAAGGCAGUUCCAGGGGUGCGGCAAGAGUUCUGCGGGGCCAUGUGGAUGAGGCUUGAGGAGUUCGUGCGGUACUGCUCGCCUUCAAAGGCAACCGUGGUGUCAAACAUCUGCAUGGCCGUUUCAUGGUUUACGCGUUGCGCUUUUGCCAACGGGGCUGGGUUUUCUCCUUGCGACGGGGACGCCUCACAGCCGCUUGGCGCCAUACGAGGAACAAACGUUAGAAGUGAUGAGGCCACAUCGGCUGGAGGAGGCACCGGUGGUGCUGGCAGUCACCGCCAUCAUCGAAGACGAGGGCCGCGGAAUCGUCGACCUAGGUUGACUGAGCCAGGCGACCCCCCUCGCUGCGAGAGUCGCAGGAACGGUUGUGACGAAAAACAAAAAGACAGUAGAGGAGAGGGAAUAAUAAAAACAAACAAGCAAGGGAAACUAAAAUAA